GGGAAGGGAAGGGGAAAAAUAAAAGAGAAAGGGGGCUUGGGUCUUCAGGCGCAGCAGCAGCAACAAGACGACAGCAAAAAUAUCACGUAACCGACCUCGGAGGAAACAAGGAAAAUACUCUAUAUGCAGCUGGGCGGUUUUUAAACCGAGAGAUUCUACCAACAACCUUCGGAACAGAAAGAGCAAAGACCGGAGAAGGGUUGGAAAUGGCUGACCACAUGAUGGCCAUGAACCACGGGCGCUUCCCCGAUGGCACCAACGGGCUGCAUCACCACCCUGCUCAUCGGAUGGGAAUGGGUCAGUUUCCAAGCCCUCAUCACCACCACCAGCAACAACAACAACACGCCUUCAAUGCCUUAAUGGGCGAGCAUAUACACUAUGGCGCUGGGAAUAUGAAUGCCACUAGCGGGAUCAGACAUGCGAUGGGGCCAGGGACUGUGAAUGGAGGGCACCCCCCCAGCACUAUGCCCCCCACGGCCAGAUUUAACAACUCCCAGUUUAUGGGGCCCCCAGUCGCCAGCCAGGGAGGCUCCUUACCGGCCAGCAUGCAGCUGCAGAAGCUAAACAACCAGUAUUUCAACCAUCACCCUUAUCCCCAUAACCACUAUAUGCCGGAUUUGCACCCUGCAAGCCACCAGAUGAACGGGACGAACCAGCAUUUCAGAGAUUGCAACCCAAAGCACAGCAACAGCAGCGGCAACAGCGGCGGUAGCAGCAGCAACAGCAGCAGCAACAUGCCUUCCUCGGUUCCCCACGUCCCUGCUGCGAUGCUGCCUCCCAAUGUCAUAGACACUGACUUCAUAGACGAGGAAGUGCUCAUGUCCUUAGUGAUAGAAAUGGGUUUGGACCGCAUCAAGGAGCUGCCUGAACUCUGGCUGGGACAAAACGAGUUUGAUUUUAUGACGGACUUCGUGUGCAAACAGCAGCCCAGCAGAGUGAGCUGCUGACUUAAUUUAAACAACAACGACAACAACAAUGACAACCACAACAACGACAACCACAACAACAAAAGAAACAGAUCCGACUUUUUUGGUGUGAAUUAAAAACAUUCCCUUAGACACAGUAUCUCGCUUUUCAGGUCUUGAACGGUUUGAGAACUUGGAAAACAGUAAACUAUAAAACUUGUACAAAUUGGUUUAAAAGAAAAUUGCUGCCACUUUUUUGGGGUUUUUUUGUUUUUCUGUUUUGUUUUUUGUAGCCUUGACAUUCACCUCCCUUAUGUAGUAGUAAUAUCUAGCUAACUGGUCUUUUCUGUUGUUUUUACUCCUUAUUUCCUCACUUAAUUUCUACAGUGCUCAACUGUUAGAUAUUAAUCUUGGCAAACUGCUUAAUCUUGUGGAUUUUGUAGAUGGUUUCAAAUGACUGAACUGCAUUCAAAUUAUGAGUGGAAGGAAAAAUUGCAUUAGUUGGUUGCAUGAACUUUGAAGGGCAGAUAUUACUGCACAAACGCUGCCAUCU